AUUUAUCUUAAUGUACGACGAAACUCUUUUAUCAAUGUCCGAAAGGACGAGUGAAGUCUUUCUUAUGACUUAUACAAAAUUCACACUUACCGUGUCGUGGACCCAGAAUCUUCAAGCGCCUUGAAUGUACAUCCUCUCUGAUCAUCAACUUACUUUUUUGAUAAAACUACUGUGGUUAGGUUGGAAGAUCAAUUUUUUUUCCCCAUCUCUCUUCUGCAGACAGGCGAUUCAAUAUUCUUAUAAACAUAGAAUCCGGCUAUUAAGUUGGUUGAAUGUAAUUCUUCCAUUCAAUUAACCAUGGAGAGAGGUGAUUCAAUUCAUGGCCAUAGGCAUGAGAAUGAUGUGCUAGAUCCCCUUCUUGCCAAGGAGGAAACAGUUGUAUUAGGGGAUGAGCAGGAUGGAGUGAAGUUCAGUAGAGCUGUUGUAUGGGAGGAAGUAAAGAAACAAUGCUGGCUAGCAGGGCCUAUGGUGUCAGUGAGUUUGUUACAAUAUAGCUUGCAGGUGAUAUCAGUUAUGGUGGUAGGGCAUUUGGGGGAGCUUGCGCUUUCUAGUGCAUCUAUUGCUACUUCCUUUGCAAGUGUCACCGGUUUCACAGUGCUGAUGGGAAUGGGAACUGCAUUGGAAACUCUGUGUGGACAGGCCUAUGGGGCAAAGCAAUACCAUCAGCUUGGGAUUCAUGUACAAAGAGCAAUUUUUGCUCUUUUUUGUGUGAGCAUACCACUUACUGUGGUGUGGGCUUUCAUGGGCAACAUUCUAAUUGCAUUUGGGCAGGAUCCUUUAAUAUCUUUUGAAGCAGGGAAAUUUGCCAGAUGGCUAAUUCCCGGCCUGUUUGCUUAUGCAGUUCUUCAACCCCUUCAAAAAUUCCUCCAGGCACAAAGCAUUGUCUUUCCCAUGAUGUUCUGCUCUGCAAUUACCACGUCUUUCCAUGUUCUCAUCUGCUGGGCUAUGGUAUUUAAAACUGGAUUAGGUAGUAAAGGGGCUGCCUUGGCGACCAGCAUUUCCUACUGGGUCAAUGUGGCACUUCUCAUACUAUAUAUAUACAUCUCGCCUGUAUGCAAGCUGACAUGGGCAUCCUUUACAAGGGAGGCUUUGCAUGAUAUUAAACAUUUUCUUAAGCUUGCCAUUCCAUCUUCACUGAUGAUCUGCUUGGAGUAUUGGGCCUUUGAAAUGGUCGUGCUCUUGUCAGGCCUGUUGCCCAAUCCAAAACUUGAGACAUCAGUUCUUUCAAUCUGCCUUAACACUGGUACUCUAGCAUAUAUGAUUCCCUUUGGUUUGGGUGCUGCUGUAAGCACACGAGUUUCAAAUGAAUUAGGAGCUGGACACUCACAUGCUGCCCGCUUAGCAGUGUAUGUGGUGUUCUUUAUGGCAAUUACAGAGGCAGCCGUGAUGGGAUGUCUUUUAUUCUCUAUACGAAAUUUUUGGGGUUAUGCUUACAGCAAUGAAAAGGAGGUUAUUAAUUAUGUUGCGACCAUGAUCCCACUGCUAGCAGCCUCCUCAAUUAUGGAUGGAAUCCAAGGCGCUCUUUCAGGCAUUGUUAGAGGAUGUGGGUGGCAAAAAUUGUGUGCUUAUGUUAAUCUUGGGGCAUACUACAUGGUUGGCAUUCCUAUGGGUGUCCUUUUGGCCUUUGUACUACAUGUUGGUGGCAGGGGACUCUGGCUCGGUAUUAUCUGUGGCAUUGCUUCACAAACAAUCAUACUAUUCCUGAUGACUUUGUGUACAGACUGGGAACAACAAGCAAGAAAUGCAAGAGACAGAGUAUAUACAUCAUCAUUACCCAUAGUCACUGAUGAAAUAAUAAAGGAUGAUAAAAACUGUCGACCUCGAUGCUGACAAGUGUUGUUGUCAAUUUUAAAACUCUUGAACACAAAAGGUUCAAUUUUGGCUUUAUUGAGCUCUAAAAUGUGUCAAGCUAACUUAAGCUGUAAUGUAAUGCCAUUAUUAAAUGAGACAUUUUCAUUAAUUUAUUCAAUAGGCUUUGAUAGAGCUGGAAAAAAUGGCAUCAUUUUUGUAGAGUAGUCACUUGCAACUUACAAGUAAAUGGUAAAGCAAUCUUUUCUGUUGAAAAUUCUGAUCAAAUUCAAACCAAUGUUCACAAGGACCAUGAAAUUCUUAU